AAAAAAACCAAACAGCAACAUUUUGCCUUGAACACACCCGUGAGCCACAACAUCAAUAUAUAUAUAUAGUCUAGAAACAAGAAAAAAAAACAUGGCCCGAGUUUUAUUUCUUGUUCACCUGACCCAAAUGACCGCUCAAGCCUUCUUGUGCGCAUACAUAUCCUUACAUGUGAGAUUUUAUAUUGAUUUACAUUUCGUCUGCAUUUAUUAUUACUCACUUUCUCCGCAAAAAAACAACAAAUUGCGCAGACAGAAAAAUGCAUCAUAUUGCAUCUUUUUCUUACAUGCAACCAAAGAAAAAAAAUGAGCCCCAUGUUUUUUUUUAUUAUAUUCGUCGUACAGAUCCUACCAAAAGACCUAUCUUAAACAUUGAUAAAGAAAAAAAAAAGGCGCACCCGUACACCAUUACAGCACGUGAUAUCGUUUAUCUUCUUGAUU